CUCCGAUCAAGUACAUUGCAGACGAUGACAUUUGGCGGGUAGAUGCAAUGCAAUCGUGGCACUCUGAAGAGGCCUCUUCGCGACAUCAUCAAGUCCAUCGGACGCGCCGAGAACUCGACACAACGCACCCGCCUGCAAUGCCAACAUCCGACCCAAUUCCCUCGCGGCUACACCAGCUUUAGGACUUCGGGAAUAGACACUGUCGGCAGCAGAUCUCGCUCCGGUCGCGAUCACAUACCUCGGAAAGCCGUCGGUGCGGCAGUGCGCAGCUAUGCGGUGGCAGCAGAAAAGCAGCAGGAAGGAGAGUCUGCUGCUGUUGCGGAGGAUGCUCUGAUAGGGUGUCAGACGACAUCUCAAUCUGGUUACAAUGCUCCUUCGACCGCAAAGUCGGCAGCCACUACUGAAACAUAUGCGCCAAUCUGCGCAGAGGAUACCGGCACGAUAGAGCCUCGUUUGAGAGAUGGCGCGGACUACUCUGCCAAUUAUUUCAAGCAACAGCUGUACAGGCAUUAUGGGGACAUCGACAAGGCAGCCAGGCGCGUUUCGCGACACAAACAGCAAAGUCCUGAUGCUUGGAAACGCGUGCUGCAUAUUUUGGACCAGGCCACGCCGACGAGAGAAGGUCACUACAAACGUGUCAGUGAGGUUGUGACGCUGCCAGAAGGCGUGGCUGCUGUCUUUCGCCCUAACAAGGAGAUGGCGAUUUUGGAAAUCAUGCAACGCACGGGAUGUCAUCUACAGAUGCGCUCGAGCUAUUCUGUUGAGGGCCGAUCGGGUGCGUUCACUGGUCUUGUUUUGCAGGGAAACGUGUCUCAGAACUCGUCCGCUCUCAACUUCCUGCCCAGGUACAUUGAAGUCUCAUUUAUUGAUACUGCCGAGACAAGAUCUCGGUUGAAGAGGGAGGAACUCCGUCGACAGAUCGAACCUGACAACGCAGGCGAGCUUGAGCGUGACCACCCGUUCGGCACUGGCGAGCACGAGCCUGACGGUGCAGCCAAUGCCACCCAUGCUGAUAAUGGGCUGAUUCGUUCAGUGUGGUCUACGGCCCGUGAGAAGAGGGACCUGAAACUACGACAUUUACCCCGUACUCAACCAAAGCUGGAGACGGUACCCGACUUCACUGCCUAUGUUAUUGAUCUGACUUCAAUCGAGCACAAAGUUCUCUACGACCCGGAUCAUGGUGGCUCAACUCGUCUGGACACCGCUAUUGUUGUCGCGGAACUCAUAUCGCUAUUCACCAAUCCGGUCACCUCAAAGCUCUCUGGAGACCUGUCUACGAGUCAUGCUUUCCGGUACUUAGCAAAACACGAGAGGCUUGAUGCAAUCCGCCGAAUAUCCAAGGCACUGAAUGAGGCAGGUCGCAUUCUUGGCCAACGCAGUUUUGAUGCGCUGCUUUCUGCGGCUUCACUCAAUGCAGAUUGGUGCAACUUUGAGCUCGUCCUGAGGACAAUGCGCCGCCAUCGCAUACCUGGUCCCAUGAUUUGGGCUCGAUUUCACUCUCUGGUUUUCGAGCAUGUACCUCAUGAGGCAGACACCGUUAUUUCGCUUAUGCGAAAGAAAGGUCUGCUCGACGACAAUGUUGCACUGCUUACUAUCAUCAGAAGCCGGAUACGCAAAGAGCUCACAGCGUACCUACGCGAUAAGGGUGUAGCAGACGGCUUCCUAGAAAUGUACGAUGAGAAGGUUGCACGUGACUUUGGACGCCCUGACUAUAACUGGCUGACAGUCGACGCCCUUAAUGGGAUGCUUCACGUUCUGCUAUCGCUCGGCAAGACAAAUGAAGCGGCCACGCUGAUGGAACAGUUCCGAAAGAGAGGGACUGAGCCGCCGAACACAGCGACCCUCAAUACCUUUCUGAGUCCGACACUGGUCAAUACUGACGCGGGUUCGGCCAUAGCUACGUUGAAGAUGUUUAACGUCGGCAGACCUGGAGCCCUUGUCCCGGAUGAAAUCACUUAUCAGUCACUUUUUAUGAUAGCUUGGCACAGGAAGUACUACAACAUGCUGAGAGUGAUAUGGCGAUACGCAUGCGUAGCGGCACAGGCGUCGCAAGAUCUGCGUCACAGACUUCUCACGAGCCUGCUAAGUUAUUCGCCGACCGAGGCAGAAGAUAUCAAUCGGUCCAGGUUGUUCAAGGCUUGGGCUGGCAAGUUCGUCGUGGGUAUCUCACGAGACUUGGUCCCCGGUUCCUACGUGCCAUACGACACCUCGCCAACGCGGCCACUGAGUGACGAUGAAAGGAGUCUUGUCGACUUGAGCUUACAACCUCGGCUCGAGAAAAACACGGCGGACUCCCUCAAGAGGCGACGAGGGAUGAAGGGCCUGAUGAAAAAGGAUUUGCAAGAAGUCGGACAGUGCAAGCCACUGUUGCCGCUCACGAUAGUCCUCGAAAGAGCUUGGCAGAAGGACGUACGAUGGCAAAAAGCAGGCCUCGGCCAUCUCGAUAAAGAUCUAGCAAAGGAUCCUGGGCGAGCGAUGUUCGAGGAGAUGCUCUUACGCGGGAUCAGGGUUCCCAUGAGACCUGGCGACUGCACUGCUUUACGAAAGUGGGAGAUUCCGUGGCUGUUGCAGCGGGAACUUCAAGCAGCUUCUCGUUGGGCGGAAGCCAAAGCUCAGCAAGACAGUCAAGUGAGUAAUGAGUAAUCGUGUAGCAUUUAUUGAUCAGCAUAGCCAAGAUGUACAGCCGAGAAACGUGACAUCAAGUC